UAAAAACAUACAUUUUCCCGAAAAUAUUUAAAGAAAUAUUAUUUAUUUAUUUUUUAUUUUAUGAAACUUACAUUACACCUGGAAAAAAAGAAGGAAAUUAGAAAGAAAAAGAAAAAAUGAAAAGCCAAGAUGAGCACCUCUGUUGUCCUCAUCUCUCAGGUUCUCAACCUUGAACAUCGUAUUAAGGUAUUGUUUCUAUGGCUAAUGUCGUUGUUUUGUCCUUAAUCAUCCUCCUCUCCAGCUUUCUCAUUCUUCCAGCUAUCGCAAAUCCCCGAAUCGAGCUCGUCUAUAAAUUCUGCGGUAUAGAUCAUGCAAACAAUGUUUCAGAAUUCAAUGAAAACUACGCUAAUGCAAUCGUAGCCAUGGAAUCUGACAUGAAAGCCAAUAAAUUUUCCAUUUAUGGAGAAGGGUUGUCUCCGAAUAGAAUUUACGUGUUGGCUCAAUGCAUGGAUGAUCUUUCCAAGGAAGAUUGUGAUAUUUGUUUUUCCACCAUUAAAACACAAUUGCCUGGUUGUUUUCCUCAUAGUAGUGGUCGUGUUUUUUUCGAUGGUUGCUUCAUGAGAUUCGAGAAUUAUAGCUUUUUUUAUGAAUCUUCUUCUCCUCAUGAUGUCAAAAGAUGCAGUGAUGCAGUGAAUUUGAAGAAUGAUCAAUUUAGGGAUUUGACAACCAAAGUCGUUAAGGAUGUGGUUAACAUGGCCCCAAUUCAUGGUGGCUAUGCGGAAGGACGAAGGAAUGCACAUGGUUUAUCAGUUUAUGGCAUGGCUAACUGCUGGAAUACUUUGGACGAAAAAUCAUGUGCUGAUUGCCUAUUAAACGCAAGCACAGCUGUUCUUAAUUGUUUGCCAUCCAUUGAGGCACGCUCCCUUAGCGUCGGCUGCUAUUUUCGUUACUCAGAGUAUGAAUCUAGCGAUGGAUCUAAUUUCUUACUUAAUACUAAAGGAGCUAUUUUCAUGUACCUUGCAUUUAUUCUUGUUGCUGUUGGUGUAUGCAUAGUCGCUAUUCUGGUUGGAUAUAUUGUGGGGACAACUCUACAUGAAAAACGAGUGAAACAUCAGACGAAACAUAAUGGUAAUUCAUCGGAUCUUGAGUCAUCAGUUAUGAAGAGGAGCCUGCAUUUCAAAUAUUCAACACUAGAGAAAUCCACAGACAACUUCAGUGAAGAACGCAAGAUUGGCCAAGGUGGAUUUGGUGAAGUCUUUAAAGGGACUUUGCCAGAUGGUAGAGAACUUGCUAUCAAGCGGAUGUUUUUAACUACCAAAAUUCGGAAUGAAGAGAUAUCCAAUGAGAUAGAUGUUAUUGGGGAAGCCCAACACCAGAAUUUGGUUCGCUUCCUUGGUUGUUGUUUCACUGAUGAUGACAGCUUUCUUGUCUAUGAGUAUCUGGAAAAUAAAAGCCUUGAUCUUAUCUUAUUUGAUCCAAAGAAGAAGGAAGAAUUGGAUUGGAAGAAAAGGCUUAGGAUAAUCGAGGGGACAGCUGAAGGUUUGGAAUACCUUCACAACGACUGCCAAGUUAGAAUCAUUCAUAGAGACAUCAAACCUAGUAACAUCUUACUAGACUCAAAAUAUCGUCCCAAAAUUGCAGAUUUUGGUCUUGCCAGGUUUAAUAUCAGGGAAAAAGGAAGUGCACCUCUUGUCAUUGCAGGCACAUUCGGAUACAUGGCUCCCGAGUACCUUGCUCAAGGACAAUUAACAGACAAAGUGGAUGUUUAUAGCUUUGGAGUUCUUAUCCUAGAAAUAGUAAGUUUUGAUAGAGAUAAACAAAUUUCCAGAUGAUGACACUAUAGACACCCUUGUAACCAUUGCUUGGAAACAUUUCAAGGAGAAAAGGGCAUCUCGAAUAAUAGAUCCGAGCAUGGAGAUAGAAGAUGUGGAUGAAAUAUUAAGGGUAGUUCAAAUUGCCCUGCUAUGUACUCAAGAGUCACCUAUUAUGCGUCCAGAUAUGACAACAAUUAUUAAACUACUUACACAAGAAAAAAUAGAAGUGCCUGUUCCAUCAAAGCCUCCUUUCAUUGAGGAUUCAUUUUAUGGUUCUGAACGAGAUGGCUCUAUUAUUCAUCGGCUUCAUCCCUCUGGAUCAUCAGUUGAUUCUUGUAGAUAUUAUGACACUCAACAAGAUAAUGGCUCUUUUCAUCGGCAUCAUCCCUCUGCAUCGAUUGAUUCUUAUUAUGACACGGAAAGUGUUUUAGGAUGACAAUGAUGCUCUCUUGUUUGAAAUUUAUGGCCUCUCCAAAGACGGAGCUAGACAUUCGAUUUCAUGAGGAGAAUGAAGAGUUUCUUCAAAGCUCAGAUCAGACGAUUUUAGAGCUUAUUAUGAAGCUAACCACCUGUAAAAUGAACGUAUCCCUUUUUCCAGCUUGCUCUGAUCAAGAACAGAUAAUCCCAGAAUCCUGCAAAGGAAGCUGAAAAGACCAGAUAACUAGAAAAUUAAGUUAUGUAAAUUGACAGUAUAAAGUUUUUUAUAUCGCUAUAUAGCAAGGUAGUUACCAGUUUUACAAGAUUGCCUAUUAAAGUUUAUAAUAGAACUUUUACCUAUAAUACAACUAUAAAAGUGAUCUUAAUGUGUAAAUAUUUUUCACACUGUUAUUGCAACGGUUCUGCUAUGGU